AUGAAGACAACACUUGCGGAACUAUGUCCAGAUAUUUGGCAACAAAUAUUCGAAUAUUUCGAUCCUAUAGAAUUAUUUUAUAGUCUCGUGAAUGUAACUGUUGCUGCAGACGAAGUUUUAUUUAAUGAGAAUCAUCAUUUGCGCUUACAGCGUCUCGUUAUUGAUUCUUAUGUUAAAAAUCUUCCAGAAAAGCUUCCACUCGAUCGAAUAGUCUCCCUCGAAUUGCGCCAAGAUUUUUAUCUCGACAUAACUGAAGAAUGUUUAAAUGUUCGUUCACUAAAACUUCGUGGACAGCCCAUAUGGAUUUGUUGUAUGCUUCAAAAGAUAUCAUUCGCCAAUAUGAAACUUGAGGAAUUAGUCUUGGUUGUGCCUGGUAUUCGUUAUUUGUAUGCUCUAUUGGAAGGUGUUACAUCUCUAUUCUUUUUGAAUCGUUUGUCGAUUCAUGCGAAUGAAUACGAAGAAAAAAUACUAGAACGCAGCAUAUUGCGAACACCGUCGACCAUUGAAUAUUUGCGUCUGGAUACAUGCUCAUCUAUGACCUGGCAUGACUUAUCAUGCAUGCUUCCCAUUCUAUCCAACGUUCGUUCUCUAGAUAUUACUCUCUUCGAUGAGAACAAAGAUCCAUAUUUCCACUUUACUUUUCCAAAACUCUGCUACAUUUCUCUCAGAUUAGUAGAAAUUCCAUUUCAAACGGUUAUGCAGAUUGUAAAAACGACGCCUUCUCUCACGAAACUUAAACUAAAUGGUCUCACACAGACAGAAGGAUUUGUNAAGGAUCAUUCAUCCAGGAAUUUGGCGAAGCAAAAUGAUAAACUGGUCUCCAUGUAG